AUGGGGAAACCUCAGAGUCAGUCACGCUCAAGCCAGAGGCCAACUGGAAACAUGGGAAGCAAGAUUUCGAGGUGCAAGGCGGCCAGCAUUGGUACAUCAUGGGGCCACAAGCUCGCCUUGUCGUCUCCAAAGACUCCGUUUACAGGGCAAUUCAUCGCUAUCACGAGGCCUCGGUGCGGUGGUGUAUCCACCCAGGAGCAGAGGAAACGUUAAGGACCAUCCGCCAGUUCUUCUUUAGGAGAUGCUGCCCAUCGUCCAGGACUACGUCCAUCUGUGCCUGAUCUGUGCAUCGACUAAGAGAGUUGCCCCGUAGGGUGCCAUUGGACAACGCCCCCAGCUGGCGGAGAGGCCAUAACAGGUCAUCAGCAUGGAUACCAUGGGAUCAUAACCAGACUUCAGAUUCAAAAACAAGUACCACGAAUCUGUACAACAAAUAUGUCAAAGACGUCGCAGCCCCCAGUGACCAGACUCCAGUCCGGCCUUCCUGUGAGAUAUUUGCGGACGAUUGAGUUACCCAAAGGCAAUGGGACUACCAUUAUGAGACACUGCUGAAACCGCUUUCUGGAAGACAACACGAUCGAACAUCGCAUCAGCUCCGUUUUCUGCCAGCGCGCCAACUCAGUAGAAAGGUUCCAGAAAGUGAAGAAAGCACUCCGCGCACUCGUACUGGAAACUGGAGAGUAACGCCGAUGGGAUAAAAAUCUCGGUGACAUACUCCUUGCCUUCCGCAAUCAUCGCAACUCAGCUACUGAAAAUCACCAGCGCAAAAAUUACUGGGCAAAACACUCGUGGAGCGACCAGAGAACGAGUAAACAGGGCACAUCGGAACAUCGUCUACGCUUGGCACAUAUUCCUAUCACAACCGACCAAGAGGGACAGCGAGUAAUGGUACAAAACUUCGCCACGAGAGCCUUCGAACCAACCUG